AUGAAAAGCCUUAAAAGAGGCCUGGCGUCCGACCCGAACGCCGCAAAUAUCUCCAGCAAAGUGUUUAUCAGAUCCACAAAGAGUGGGCGAGUUCAGAAGGUUGUGAGAGAACAAUACCUGAGGAAAGACAUACCUUGUUCCUCUCUGCUUUGCUCAUCAUGCGCUUCCACGGCCGUUGCUGAUGCAAAUGGAGUUGUUCCGAAGUUCGUUCUUUCGAAGCGACCCGCCGGAACGAAGGCAUUUCCCAACGGCCAUUACCUUAUGCCAGACACGAACGUGUUGCUCAGCGGGAUGGACCUUUUUGAAGAGUCGGGCCACUUCCACGAUGUGAUCAUCUUGCAGACAGUCCUGGAAGAGUUGAAGAAUAGGAGUCUUCCGCUCUACAACAGACUUAUGUCAUUGACGCGAAGCGAGGAAAAGCGCUUUUAUCUGUUCUUCAACGAAUUCCGCUCUGAAACUGCCGUCCGCCGAGCAGAUGGCGAGACGAUCAAUGACCGAAACGACCGUUCUGUGAGGAAUGCAGCCGCCUGGUACACGAGCCAUUUGGCCAGAGCGACAAAGAAGCCUCCUGUCAUAGUGGUACUCACCAACGACCAGGACAAUCGGAGAAAAGCAAAAAAGGAGGGCAUCAAUGCACUGUCACUGCGCGAAUACGUCGAAGGCCUGGACGAUGCUGACCGUUUGCUUGAUAUGGUCAGCCAGAGUGCCGAGGGCCAGGAAAGCCGUGCGUUGCAAGGAGAGCUCUUCUACCCAGAGUACUACUCAAUGAGCCGGAUGAUGACAGGCAUCAAAGCUGGGACGCUGCAUCAAGGCGUCUUCAGUGUGUCUCCCUACAACUAUUUAGAAGGCACUGUCAAGGUCCCAGCAUUCGACAAACCUUUGUUGGUUCUAGGGAGAGAAGCCAGCAACCGAUCAAUAUCGGGAGAUGUCGUGGUUGUGGAGCUUCUUCCUAAAGACCAGUGGAAAGCACCAUCAACCCAGAUUUUGGACGAAGACACCCUGGACCAGAAUGAGAAUCCAGACACUGAGGAGCAGGAAGAAAGUGUCGUCACCGAGAACGAAAAACGCGCCCUUCUGGAAGAUGUUAGGCGGGCGCACUCUGCCAGCGCAGAAACUCGGGCGCAACCUACAUGUCGCGUGGUUGGGGUCAUGAAACGUAACUGGAGACAGUUGGUUGGAACGAUUGACAACGUGUCCGGAGCCGGAACUGGCGGUCGCCAAACUACCGUGUUCCUGGUUCCAAUGGACAAGCGUAUCCCGAAGAUACGUAUCCGAACACGCCAAGUCGAAGAGUUGGUCGGCAAACGCAUCGUGGCAACGAUUGAUUCCUGGGACCGUGAUACCAGAUACCCUGUUGGGCAUUAUAUCCGCUCUCUAGGUGAACUAGAGACGAAAGAGGCUGAGACUGAAGCACUGCUCCUAGAAUAUGAUGUUCAAUAUCGGCCGUUCCCCAAAGCUGUGCUGGACUGUCUUCCAUCUGAGGGUCACAACUGGAAAGUCCCAGCCGACACCGACGAUCCAGGCUGGCGGGAUCGCCGAGAUCUGCGGAAUCUUCUUGUGUGCUCAAUCGAUCCUCCCGGGUGUCAAGAUAUUGAUGAUGCACUCCAUGCAAGGCUACUGGACAACGGGAAUUUCGAAGUGGGUGUUCAUAUUGCGGACGUUUCCAACUUUGUCAAGCCCAACAACCCCAUGGAUGUUGAAGCUUCUUCACGUGGCACAACAGUUUACCUGGUCGACAAAAGAAUCGAUAUGCUGCCCAUGCUCCUCGGUACCGACCUGUGCUCAUUGAAACCUUAUGUUGAGCGAUAUGCGUUCUCUACGUUGUGGGAGGUCACACCUGACGCAGAGAUCGUCUCAGCCUCUUUCACCAAGUCGGUUAUCCGGUCUAAGGAGGCUUUUUCAUAUGAACAGGCUCAGAAGAGAAUCGAUGACCCCACCGCAACAGAUGAACUUACUCAAGGAAUGAGGACCUUAUUGUCACUAUCAGAAAAACUGCGUCAAAAGCGGAUGGAUGCCGGAGCGUUGAACUUGUCCAGCCCUGAGGUCAGGAUUGAAGCGGACAACGAGUCCUCAGACUCCCUGGCCGACGUCAAGACAAAGGCUCACCUCGCCACAAACUCACUCGUCGAGGAGUUCAUGCUUCUCGCCAAUAUCACCGUUGCGAGGAAGAUACAAUCGGUAUUCCCACAGACCGCAUUACUCAGGCGCCACGCUUCACCUCCGGCUUCCAAUUUUGCGGAUCUCAGUGACCAACUGAAACGGAUGCGCGGGUUCGAGCUAGACGUGUCCAGUUCCAAGGCGCUCGCAGAUUCUCUGGAUCGUUGUGUUGAUCCCAACCAUCCGUUCUUCAACACCUUGAUUCGGAUCAUGGCUACACGAUGCAUGACUUCGGCCGAGUACUUUUGCAGCGGAUCUCACGCAGAACCAGAGUACCGGCAUUAUGGUUUGGCAAGCGAGAUCUACACGCAUUUUACCAGCCCAAUCCGCCGUUACGCGGACUUGCUGGUUCACCGACAGUUGGCCUACGCGAUCGGAUACGAAGGUCAAGGAAGCGAAGUUGCCGACGAGAGUCUUCGAAACAAAACCAAGUUGGAACGAGUCUGUCAGAACCUCAACUUCAGGCACCGGAACGCGCAAAUGGCAGGUCGAGCAAGCAUCGAGUACUAUGUGGGACAGGCACUGAAAGCCAGAGCCGAGAAGACCCCCGGUGCCGCCAUCGAUGUUGACGGCUAUGUCAUGCGAGUGUUUGAGAAUGGGGCUGUAGUAUUCGUUCCCCAGUUCGGCAUCGAAGGAUUGGUCCGUCUCGAAGACUUCCAACUCAAGAGUGACGAAGGGACAAAGAGGGAGAGCAGCUUUGACGCGGAUAACUACCGGUUGACAGUCUUCGAAAAGGAUCGCGAACAACAGGGAGUCCGGGUUGAGCUGUUCCAACAGCUGAAGGUUAGAGUUAGUUCCGAAGAGAAGAGCGGUGCAAGGGAGAAAGGAAAGAGAAGGGUCAGAAUUGUGGUCCUAUCGGCAUGA